ACCAGAGAGACAUAGGUAUCAACGUCAUUUAGUUAACAACGUCAACUCUCUCUAUAUAUAUCUGAUUAAAAGACAACAAUAAUUCCUCCAAAACACAUCUUAAAUUGCAGUAAAAUCAAAUUAAACAUGGCCUCAGAUAAUCUUACAGUGCUGAAUGCACUUGACACAGCACGCACCCAAUGGUACCAUGUCACAGCCGUUGUCAUUGCUGGAAUGGGAUUUUUCACUGAUGCAUAUGAUCUAUUCUGCAUCAGCACUGUCUCCAAACUUUUAGGCCGUUUGUACUACUACGACCCGACUACCCAUGCCCCUGGCAAAUUACCUCAUAAUGUUAACAAUUGGGUCACUGGAGUCGCCCUGGUUGGUACUCUGACUGGCCAACUCGUGUUCGGAUGGCUCGGAGACAAACUUGGUCGAAAGAAAGUCUAUGGACUCACAUUAAUUCUCAUGGUCAUUUGUGCACUUUCCUCUGGUUUGUCAUUUGGUUAUAGCCGAAAAGUUGUAAUAGGGACACUCUGUUUCUUCAGGUUCUGGCUUGGAUUUGGAAUUGGAGGAGAUUAUCCUCUUUCUGCUACGAUCAUGUCUGAGUAUGCAAAUAAGAGAACUCGUGGAGCGUUUAUUGCUGCUGUUUUCGCUAUGCAAGGUGUUGGGAUCAUCUUUGCCGGGCUUGUUUCAAUGAUUGUAUCCAAGCUAUUCUUGAUGAAUUUUGGGGGUAAGGCGUUCACUACGGAUGAAGUUUUUUCCACGGAGCCUGAGGCGGAUUAUGUUUGGAGAAUCGUACUGAUGCUUGGAGCUCUUCCAGCUCUUCUUACCUAUUAUUGGCGAAUGAAGAUGCCCGAAACAGGGCGUUACACUGCGAUUAUUGAAGGAAAUGCUAAACAAGCAGCGAUUGACAUGGGGAAGGUUCUUGAUAUUGAAAUUCAAGCAGAAGGUGAUAAAUUAGCCAAAUUUAAAGCAGUCAAUGAGUACCCUUUACUCUCUAAUGAGUUCUUCAUGCGCCAUGGUCUUCACUUAAUCGGUACAAUGACUACUUGGUUCUUGUUGGACAUUGCUUUCUACAGCCAAAAUCUCACACAGAAGGACAUAUUUCCUACCAUGGGACUCGUUAGCAAUGCCAAGAGCAUUUCCGCUUUGAGGGAAAUGUUUGAGACAUCGCGAGCUAUGUUUGUGAUUGCUUUGCUCGGUACCUUCCCUGGUUACUGGUUUACUGUAUUCUUCAUUGAGAAAAUUGGGAGGUUUAAGAUACAAUUGAUGGGGUUCUUCAUGAUGUCAGUGUUCAUGGCGAUCAUUGGAAUCAAAUAUGAUUACCUAAAGACUAAAGAACACAAAUGGACAUUCGCAGCUCUUUAUGGUUUAACUUUCUUCUUCGCCAACUUUGGCCCCAAUUCAACAACUUUUGUGCUCCCUGCGGAGCUCUUUCCAACAAGGGUAAGAUCCACUUGCCACGCUCUGAGCGCUGCAUCUGGAAAGGCAGGGGCAAUGGUUAGUGCAUUUGGGGUGCAGCAAUACACGCAAGAUGGAAAUGUUCAUAAAAUCAAGAAAGCCAUGUUGUUUUUGGCAUUCACAAAUAUGGUUGGAUUUUGCUGUACCUUCUUAGUGACGGAGACAAAAGGCAGGUCACUAGAGGAAAUUUCAGGGGAGGAUGAGAAGCAGAACGAGACGCAGAUGAAGAGUUCUAGGCCUGUCUCUGGCCACCAGGAGGAUGGAUGGGACUGAAAUCAGGACAUAUAAAAUUGGCAAGUUCAUCAAUCAUCACAUUGAGCAGUACUAUAAGUAGAUGCAUAUAUAGAAAAAGUAUUGCUAAUAAGCGAGAUGUCACCUCCAGAAUAAGAGCUUCACGAAGCAAGGAAAUUAAUAUAAUAGUUUCCCUUCACCAUUUCGCCUAGUAGUUGGUGGGAGAUUAAUUUUGUAUUGUCUAUCUCUUGUCCUACUCCUUCCCAAAGUGUUCUAUUUCCUUUUGACUUUGAAAUGAAAAGUUAUAUAUAGGUUAAUAUGUAUUUACAUUUUGUGAAAAGAUGGAUGGUUAUUGUUA